AGGGACCUCUGGCAGGCGGGGUACAUAUGAGCCUCGCCCGCCUCUCAGCCCUCAGUGUCCUCCCAGUCGCCGGGUCACAAACACGCUGCGCUCUGGUCUACGUUUCCUCACUAUUCAUUUGUUUUGCUAGCGACCAGGUCCAGGGUGUGGACAGCCAGUGUGGUCGCCAUGCUCACCACUGCUGCCAGCAUGGCUGCCAUGCUCACCACUGCUGCCAGCAUGGCUGCCAUGCUAACCACCGUUGCCAGCAUGGCUGCCUUUGCCACAAAUACCACCGCGGUGCCGGGAGGCGGGGCCGGGAGCUUGGGCCCCUCGGCGGAGGCAGCGGAGUCGCUGUGCAAGGUGUGCCCCGACCUGCCCGCCUGCAAGGACAACAAUACCACGCUCAUGCAAGAGAAGCAGCGCCAUCGAGGCAACAUGGUGGACGUGGACCAGCUCGACCCCACCAGCGACCCGGUGCUCUCCCUGGUGCUAACUCAGUGCGUCUCCCUACACUCCCACAACCAAGAGCUAAUGGAGCGGGUGGAGCGCCUGGAGGCAGAGAAGGCCAGCCUGCUGCUGCAGAUGAUACAGCUCCGGGUGGGGCUGGUGGAGCUGGGCGCCGCGGACCAGUACACCAGACACACCCGCGACACCUCCAACAGGUUAGACUUUCCUCUGGAGGCUCCGUCGAGCGGCCUGGCGCCCGCUGGCCGCUCCCCGCCCAGGAAUCCUAACCUCUUCGCUGCCAGAUUCAGGCCGGUGGACUGCGCCGACUACCUCCAGCUGGGCCACACCACCAGCGGGGUCUACAAGAUCUACCCCUUCAGCUGCCGCUGCACCAGGCCUGUGGAGGUGUGGUGCGACAUGGAGACCGACGGGGGCGGCUGGACGGUGUUCCUGGCCAGGAACAACCUCACCAAGCAUGAAAACUUCAACCGCACGUGGAGCGACUACCGGGAGGGCUUCGGCAACGCCUCUGGCGAGUACUGGCUGGGUAACGAGAACCUACACACUAUGACGUACAACCGCGCCUACACCCUGCGUAUGGACUUCCGCCUGACGGACGGCACGGACAAGUGGGGAGAAUGGCCAGAGUUCGUCGUGGAUGAUGAGGCUGCACUGUACCGGCUGACCGCCAGCAAGUACAACGCUCUCAGCACCAUCGACCACUGCCUCGCCGUCCACACCGGCAAAUCCUUCUCCACCUUUGAUUAUGAUAACGACCACACCCCAGCCAAGAACUGCGCCGAGGAGAGUAAAGGCGGGUGGUGGUACUACAACUGCGGCACCCUGGACCCCACCAUUGCCUUCACCGCCCCGGGCCAGCUCAACACAACCUGCACCUACAAGAUGAACAACAAGAAGGUUCCCCUACACGGCCCAAGUCUCCAGAUGAAGCUCCGACCCGCCGCUUGCGACAAGACCGUCAAGGCUGUCCACCUGAACGGUUACUCAUGCCACGACCACAACGUCUGAGGCUACCGCUGCCCCCACCUCCAUCCUGCCUCCCAACAACAACCUUUUAGCUUCAGUAGCGAGUAAAUGUUGCAUUAUUAAAUCAAAUAUUGUUUGCUUCUAAAUAGAUGUGCAGAAUACUCGGUUAAAAUAAAAAACGAACACAGA